AUGAACAGGAAAGCUGCAUUUCCUGUGCACGACAAAAAUAAGAGAAGCCGAGGAUCCCGGGGCGGCGAGGUUGCCGAGGGCUCUGCGGCUGCGGCCGGGCGACGGAUCCCGGGCAGUGUCCGCGGAGGUUUUAAACACUUGAAACCUCACAGCUUUGGAGUGAUUCUGAGGAAUACAGAUUUACAAGACUGCCUAAAUGGAAAAUCUCUAAAUGUACCGCUCUACGGGGGGAAAGAAUUUCAUUUUGGUGUUCCCACUGCUCAGUAUGAUCUCAUGGCCUCGAAAAUACGGAAACACUUAGCAAAUCUAAAGUCCUGCUGGGGUUAUGAGAAAUCCUGCAAACCAGAGUUCAGAUUUGGUUACCCUGUCUGCAGCUACGUGGACCUGGGAUGGACGGACACCCUGGAAUCGGCAGCUGACAUAUUCUGGAAACAAGCUGACUUUGGCUACGCCAGGGAGCGACUGGAUGGAAUGCAUGUACUCUGCCAGCCACAGGAAAUGAGCGAUUCAAGUCUGGUAUGUUCCCGUUACCUUCAGUACUGCAGAGCAACUAACCUUUACCUUGACUUAAGGAGCAUCAAGAGAAAUCAUGACAGAUUCAAAGAAGAUUUCUUCAAGAGGGGUGAAAUUGGAGGACACUGUAAACUUGAUGUUCGUGCAUUGAUGUCUGAAGGUCAGCACAAAAGUCCCCUGCAAUCUUGGUUUGCUGAGCUACAAAGCUACACUCAGCUCAACUUCAGACCUAUAGAAGAUGCUCAAUGUGAUGUUAUUAUUGAAAAACCGACUUAUUUCAUGAAAUUGGAUGCAGGUGUGAACAUGUAUCAUCACUUCUGUGAUUUUCUCAAUCUUUAUGUCACUCAGCACAUGAACAACUCCUUCAGCACAGACGUGUAUGUGGUGAUGUGGGACACGAGUUCUUAUGGAUAUGGUGACCUCUUCUCUGACACCUGGAAAGCAUUUACGGAUUAUGAUGUCAUACAUCUGAAAACCUACGAUAACAAAAGGGUGUGUUUUAAAGAAGCUGUUUUUUCCUUAUUGCCCCGCAUGAGGUAUGGGCUCUUUUACAACACCCCUCUGAUAUCUGGCUGUCAACACACUGGCUUAUUCAGGGCCUUCUCCCAGCACGUGCUGUACAGACUGGGCAUCAUCCAAGAGGGACCCAAGGAUGGAAAAAUUCGAGUCACCAUUCUUGCUCGGAGCACAGAAUACAGGAAAAUACUAAAUCAAAAUGAGCUUGUGAAUGCGCUGAAGACAGUAUCAACAUUCGAAGUCCAGAUUGUUGAUUACAAGUACAGAGAGCUCGGGUUUUUGGAUCAGCUGAGGAUCACACAUAACACGGACAUAUUUAUCGGAAUGCAUGGAGCUGGUCUCACCCAUUUACUCUUCCUUCCAGACUGGGCUGCUGUGUUUGAACUAUACAACUGUGAAGAUGAUCGCUGCUACUUAGACCUGGCCAGGCUGCGAGGCGUCCACUACAUCACAUGGCGAAAGCAGAACAAAGUAUUUCCUCAGGAUAAGGGUCACCAUCCAACCCUUGGGGAGCACCCGAAAUUCACCAACUACUCCUUCGAUGUAGAGGAAUUCAUGUUCCUGGUCCUUCAGGCUGCAGAUCAUGUGCGACAACACCCAAAAUGGCCAUUUAAAAAGACCCGGGAUGAGCUGUGAUGUGUGCAGUCUGUCUACAGGGAGGGAGGACCAUCUAAAUACCCAUCCUCGCAGCUCAGAGGCGACUGUGUGGUAUUUGCUAGUCCAAAGUGAAAAAUGACCUUUCUCUUUUUCUUCUUUCCUUUAUUCUGUCGUUUCUUCUUUUUCUUCCC